UUCCACGUGUAUCCACCACUACCAGCCUUUGCAUUCUUGUUCAUCGACCAAAUUGUCCAAUUUUAGCCAUGAUUUUUCCGGUGAGUCAUUUUCUAUUUGCUAACUUUUCCGGUGAGUCCUUUUCUAUUAGCUAAUUUUUCCGGAGUAGAUGAACAAGGGGAAACACUUUUUGAGUUCAUUGAUCGACAACAGCUAGCCAGGGAGCAUGAAUUCAGUAACAGCAUCGGCAUCAGCAUACAUUUCACUGUCACUUAGCAUCUCGCCUCCUACUAGAAAAGCGCGGUCUAAAUUUCAGCUAGGCAAAUGCAAACCCCUAAUAUCGUCCAAUUUUGACUGCAAGUGCAGGGCGCUGGGAGAAGGCUCUCAGCCCGAGACACAGUCCCAGACGAUCCAACCUACAAUUUAUCAAGGCGUUUAUGGCCCUUGGACAAUCGAAGACUCUGAUAUUCGAGAGGUAAUUUUGUAUAGAUCAGGAUUAUUAACUGCGGCUGCAUCAUUCGUUCUUGCGUCUUCCGCGGCUUUGCUUCCCAAUGAUUCAGUUAUGAGUAACUUGAUUGAGAAAAACCUUGAUUUGUUUUAUGCAAUUGGAUCGUGUGGACUUGGCCUGUCAUUAUUUCUUAUUCACAUUUAUGUGACUGAAAUUAAACGCUCUCUUCAAGCUUUAUGGUUCCUGGGUGCUAUCGGAUCAUUGGCAACAUAUUCUACCCUUGCUCACCCAGCUGGCAUGAAUCUAGUUCAAUAUGUUAUCGAGAAUCCAAUAGCUGUUUGGUUUGUUGGACCACUAUUUGCAUCAUUGACAGGACUUGUGUUCAAGGAAGGACUUUGCUAUGGAAAGUUGGAAGCUGGUCUUCUGACAUUUGUCAUCCCUUCUCUCCUACUGGGACACCUGACUGGUAUUAUGGAUGACGGAGUAAAGAUUACCCUAUUGAGCACAUGGUUGGCACUGUUUGUGGUCUUUGCUGGGAGGAAGUUCACUCAGCCUAUAAAGGAUGAUAUAGGAGACAAAUCAGUAUUCAUAUUCAACGAUUUGCCAGAGGAAGAAAAAGCUGAUUUGAUCAAGAGACUUGAGCAGCAACAAUAAACUAAACAAGAGCCUUGAUUAGGAUGUUACACUUCUGUUAUCCCUCACCCGCAAUAUCCUUAGUCCAGUCAUCUUCGCUUUCGGUAAUCCAGCAGUAAUCAACUCAAAGGAAGGGAAAUGAAGUGUAUCCACUAUGUAUCAAGAGUGAUGAACAUAAAUCCAUCAGCCCUCGCCUUACAGUCAAGUGACUUUCAGCUCCUUUCUUUCGCUACCAGGAACGUAAGCAACUUCUAUUAGCGCCAGAGCUUGAGUCGAGUUGAUCGUGUCGUAAGAGGCCCCUUUCACAGCUAUUCAGGAGGUUCAAAGCCAAACAUCAUGACAGUAGGAGUGUUAAUGUCAGAAGCCAGUUGCAUUAGUAGCUCUAUAGAUUGAGGUCAAAAUAGCUGCUAUUGUUAAGUUUUGGGCUAUUGUGAAGGAAAAAGUAGUGUACUUGUAUUUAAAUACAAUUCAUCCUACCUUCUGUAUGUAUGUUAUUUUAUUGUAUAAAGAUUUAUUAUCUUUAAUCUGGCGAAUAAAAUUACUAAGAAAUA